CCUUGGCUACAAACCCUUCAUGUCUGCAGUUCAAGGACAAGCCGCUGUUCUAGCUAAGGUGCUCAGCAAUAAAGAGAAGCUUCUGCAGUGUCAGCAGCAAGCUGCUGUACGUCGACAGACACCACCCCAACAGAGUCUCUCUCCAUCAGCCUUGUGCUCUGUGCCAGUUAGUACAUCGUUGUCAAAUUCAUCUCCUGUAUCUCCAUUAGGGACUCGUUCACGCCAUGCCAGUUCUAAUCAGGACUCUGCUGCGAGUCGAGCUGCUACUGGUUCAAAUUCGGGUAGCUUGGGAAGAUCAGAAAGGGAUGUGAUUAGGCAGGACAGUCUAGAACAUAAAUCUACCAAAUCAGAUUCUGUAUUUAGUGGAGAGGAAAAUUUGAACAGUGAUCAACCUAUUGAGACAAGAAGUGUAAAUGAAAUGAGUAAAUACGAAGAACUUGAGAAGGAAAAUGCUGAAGGCUCAGGAUGCGUGAUAACAUAGUGAUAUCUUAUAUGUAUUUUUCAGGGUUAUGUAAAUAAGGUACUGACGUGAACUUUAUAUUGUAAAGUGUGAAUGUUUUCCUGCAGAUGGAACUAUGUUAUACAACAAAGGCAGUCUUUUAAAAUCUCUAGAAAAAUAUCUGCUCACAAUCUUAAUCUACAAUCAAAAAUUACUGAAUGUUUUCACUAUGUGAUUGCACAUUCCUUUUACAUCUUGUAUACUAUUGAAAAUAGUUGGAUAUAUGCUGCAAGCAGAAUUAAUUGAUAAUAACCUACACUGGUAGGGAAGAAAUAAAAAAGUAAAUUCACAUUAUUUUUUUAACAUUUUUCUCCUAUAUAUUUCUGAACAGGAGAGUAGUUGAAUUGUCAUACAGAGUGAACUGUUGGUUCAUUAAUAAGAGUACAAAUUUUUUUUUAAGCCCCUGAUGUUAGUCAAGAGCAAAAUUGCAGCAAAGGUGAUUUAUCCAUUCUAAUGGUGCUCCUGUUAUUACCUUUACUAGAAAUGCUUCCUGUGAUGUGAAAGUUUUGGGGAGAACCAGAUAAGCUUAUUUCUCAGAUCACGUAUUUCAGGAUACAUUUAUUGCACUGUGUUCACUGAGCCUUCAAAAUUGUUUUCUUUUCCAGUCUAUUGUUAGAUCUUACUAUGUAAUUGUUUUUGUUAAUGCUGUAAUUGCAGUUUUCAAUACUUUACAACUUCUGGACCUAUCUCAGGGUUGUAGGUUGUAACUUAAGAUGAUUAUCAUUUUGGGCAGUGAGUUUGUACCGUGAUAUUCUUGAGAGAGGAAGUAUAGCUCAUUUUUCCAUGUCAUACAUUUGUGAUGGGAAAAAAUAAUCACCUGUUUAUACAUUUUGUAGCAAUGGUAAUUUCUAUUCCAUAGAUUUCAAAUUAUGUGAUUAGGUAGAAGAGUCAGCUUGAAUAGUUACACUUAGGUAAUGGAGACAGGGAGAUUGUUGUUUUCUAAAGAUCAAGAACUUUGAAAAAAUAAAUAUGUUGCAUUCAUGCCUCAUGGGAAUGAAUGCUUACCUCCACUAAAUGUUUCAUGCAAUUCUCCUCUGCAAUAGUGAACUGACAAUAACAGGUCUGUUAUGUGGUAUUAGUUUUACACACAGACACACACUUUUUUUAUGUACAUAUAUAUUUGUAUGUGUAUAUCCAUCUAAAAAGUCUCUAAUUUCAUAAAUAUUUACUUACUAAGUUCAAAUAAAACAUAAAGAGGCUCAGAAGAAAAUUCAAAAGUAGACCAAGAGGCUCUAAAACAACUUUCUCUGACAAGACAACUUUAAACAAAAGGAGGAUUGUUAAAAGCACCAAAAGAAGAAAGGAAGGAGAAAAUGCAAAUAGCAGUAUUACUCACACUGAAAGUGUAAGAUGAAAUGCUAAAAACUGCAUCAAAAGUGAUAUUGGAAUAAUUCAACUGAUACUGAUACAAAUGAAGAAAAAGAAGCGUACAAAUAUAAAAACAAACAAAAAUAUUGAUCACCUUCAACCUUCUAUAAAUUUUUAAAAUAAUUGUGUCUGUGGAGGCAAACACUAAGAAAUGUUUUAAAAAGGCAGAAUAUUGUAUUUGAUAUUUCUUCAUUAAACUGCGUUGAAACUGCAAAAGAAGAUUGAUGAAGAUUUUUAAAAAAAAAUUUUACCGUAUUAUUUUAAUAAAAGUUUAUUUAAUUUAAUCUAAUGAAACCUAGCAUUGUUUAAUAUUUUUUUAUUUAUUUGAAUCUUGGUAAAUAUGUUGUAUAAAUUAACAGCUUAAGCUUAAUUAAACUAGUUUCAUAGUUGAAAUUGAAUUUUAAUUUAUAAAUUUCAAUUUGCAAAUAAAAAAAUUAUUUCUGUGGAGCUGUUUUCCACAUUAAAUCUUUAAUUUGAACUUUGUGCCAAUUAAUGUUGAUUUUGUCCCUAUUUUUAUUUAAAACAACAUAAAUUUGAUUCAAAAAGUCGCCAAUGGUCCUUCCUCACAGCAUUUCUCCUCUUCUCCUUUCUUUACAUUACAUAUGAACAUCAUAAAUGAAUGAUUUCAAAGCCAUCUGUGACCAGAGUUAUAUGAAUGAUCUUUACUUUUUGAGUGACACUGCUUCGAAGGCUGUGAUUCCCAUGUUUUGUCCGUCAUGUUGGUAUGUUUGAUUGUUUCUCUUUCUCUGCCCCUCUUUUUUUAUGUUCUGGUAAUUCUUUUAAUUUUGUAGUUCUGUGUUCUUUAAUUUCUUUUAUUUUAAUGAAAAUAUAAAAUACCAUAAUUUACAAUAAUUAACAUAAGUUUAUACAAAAUAGUUAAUACAAGAUUUCUUUAGACAGUUUCUACCAUAGUUGAGCAUUUUACUGUUUACAGCCUUCUAUUUCUUUGAGUAUUUUCUUUAUUCUUGAAACUACAAAAUAAUCUUCAUCUCUUCCAACUUGUGCAAUUCUUCAUUAACACUGGAGUUCUUCAAAAUUUUCUUCUUGAGAACUUCAGUUUGUUCUGUUUUUGCCAAAGGAAGUAUCAUUUCUGCACUUGUCAUCUAGCUUUGCAGAAUAGAAAUAAUGAUAAAGAAGUUACUCAAAAUGUGCAUCAUAAAUGUGCAAAAUUCACUCGUUCUUUUAACCGUUUAUUAUACCAAUUUGUGAAACCACAGGCUGAUGUAUGCCUCGAGGACAAAACAAAAUGUAAAGCAAUAUUCUCCAUUACAUAUUUAAAAUGUUUAAAGGAAUAAUUUUCCUAAUGUUGGUCAGUUUCCAAGAAGAGACUUGUUAAGAAUUGUUACAUAAAAUGAAAUCAACAGGUGUGUGUGUGUGUGUGUGUGUGUUUAUUUUUAUUUUGUUAAAAUUUAUUUGCAUCAUGCUUUCCUU